UGCUCUGCUCUUUGACCUCCGGGAGGUUAAUUAAUGAGGUGGCCCACAGGACGCUGGGCAGACUGACCUCUCCAACUGCCCGAUUGCCUGGCGACUCGCGGUGGGCCGGAGAGUCCUGCCUGCCGACCAUGGAGCGCCGCCGCGUGAGAGUGAAGUCUUGGGUGGAAGAGAAUCGGGCCUCCUUCCAGCCCCCGGUUUGCAACAAGCUGAUGCACCAAGAGCAGCUCAAAAUCAUGUUCGUCGGAGGCCCCAAUACCAGGAAGGAUUAUCACAUCGAGGAGGGUGAGGAGGUAUUUUACCAGCUGGAGGGAGACAUGGUCCUCCGAGUCCUGGAGCAAGGCAAACACCGGGAUGUGGUCAUUCGGCAGGGAGAGAUAUUCCUCCUGCCUGCCAGGGUGCCCCACUCCCCACAGAGGUUCGCCAACACCAUGGGGCUGGUGAUUGAGAGGAGGCGGCUGGAGAGCGAGCUGGAUGGACUGAGGUACUAUGUUGGGGACACUGUAAACGUCCUCUUCGAGAAAUGGUUCUACUGUGAGGACCUUGGAACGCAGUUGGCCCCCAUCAUCCAAGAGUUCUUCCGCUCUGAGCAGUACCGAACAGGAAAGCCUGACCCUGACCAGCUGCUCAAGGAGGCGCCAUUCCCGAUGAAUACUCGAUCUGUCAUGGAGCCCAUGUCACUGAAGGCAUGGCUAGAUGGCCACUCCGGGGAGCUUCAGGCAGGCACAUCCCUCAGCCUGUUUGGGGACACCUAUGAGACCCAGGUCAUCGCCCAUGGACAAGGUAGCAGCAAAGGCCCAAGAAAGGAUGUGGACGUGUGGCUGUGGCAGCUGGAGGGCUCUUCUACGGUGACAAUGGGUGGACAGCGUGUGGUCCUGGCCCCAGACGACAGCCUGCUGGUGCCCGCUGGAACCUUAUACAUGUGGGAGCGAGCACAAGGCUCAGUGGCCUUGUCUGUGACACAGGACCCUGCCUGUAAGAGACCACUGGGGUGACCCUCGUGUGUGGGCCCCAAGCAGUCACAGGGUGCCUGAGUGCUGUCUCGGCGGCUGCCUUAGCCUCCUUGCAUCUUUGUGGACGUCACCAAGCACCUCGGCCUGCCCUUGGCUCGGUUGUGGCUUUUCACUGUCGUGUACCCUCCUGCCAUCCCCCGUCCAGGGUAUCAGACUCCUAGGGCACCGGUAGCUCCCCUCUCUCCUAACAGCCAUAGCCCUACGCUGUUCAGCUCGAUGUGUA